AUGCACUCCACCUUAUUCUUUCUUCUACCAUUGGUCGUGUCGACCAUAAUUCCAGCAAAUCUCGACUUGAAAGCAAGUACAGUUGGUGCAGGUACACAAGCUAAGGAGACAAAAAGAAACUCAGAAGUUCAACUUAACGGAGCAAAGACAGUGUAUAACAAACGAGAGUUCAAGUCCGCUGUAUUAGGUGAGAGAACUAAAGUUGCUCGGGAUUCAAUUAGUGCUAAUGAUUUGGUAUAA